AUGGCGACUCUCCAGUGCCAGAAGUGCAAGACUCCUCUCAAAAUCGACGCAUCGCUGCAGCACCUCAACCCGGCUUCGUUCAAGAUUCUGGCCGAUGCAGCGCCUGUGCUGGAGCCAAAAGCGCCCGAAGCGCCGCGAUCAGCAGCAGCCAAAGAACGCAGGCAGAUCUACGAUGAUGUCUCGAAGCAGGCUGGACCGCCUGUGCACAAGCGGAGCGUGUCUGCCAGUCAACGCCCUGGUCUGCAUCCAGACAUGUCCUACAUCAUGCUUUCCGAGCCGCAGCUGGCGUCGGGAGAAGAGCAUGUCACCGCGCCACCAAAGAAGAAGCCCUCGAAGAAGCCGGACACAGCUGCUGUCGCAGAUGGCCAAACGACGCUUUCCCAGGAAAUGGAGACGACCAUGCGCGUGUUCGAGAUCUUGUCGGCUCGAUCCGACAUCGACCACCCAGUGUGCUCCGAGUGUACAGAGCUUCUUCUCGAAGGCCUCCAGAAACGCCAGGCCAGCGUCAGCCGUGAACGUGAUGCUUACGUGGACUUUCUGAAAAAAGCCCAGCAAGACAUGCCCACCGAGGAAGAGAAGGCAAAGACGAAACGUGACCUGGAAGAUGCUCAGAGACGGGAGAAACAGGCGUUGGAAGAGCUCGAGGCUCUGGAAGCUGAAAAGGCACGGAUGGAGGAUGAGCUUGCGGCUCUUGACGCUGAGGCAGAGGCUUUGGAUGAGGAGGAAGAGCAGUUUUGGCGUGACAGGAAUGCCUUUGCCGCCGAACUUGCUUCCUUCCAGGAGGAACGUGAUAGUCUUCAGGUUCAGCUCGCACAUGAUAGUAAAGUGCUUGAAGCUUUGCAGCGCACAAAUGUCUACAACGAUACCUUCUGCAUAGGCCAUGACGGCACUUUUGGAACCAUAAAUGGCCUUCGUCUGGGCAGGACCCCGGACCAAUCUGUAGACUGGCCAGAGAUCAAUGCUGCUUGGGGCCAGACCCUUCUCCUGUUGACGGUGGUGAUCGAGAAACUUGGUAUCAAGUUGAAAGGCUUCGAGCUGGUUCCAGUGGGUUCUACUUCAAAAGUUGUCAAGGUCGAGUAUGCACAAACAGCCUCGACGCCGGAUGGGAAGCCAAAGAAGACCGUCUACGAACUGUUCAGUAGCGGCGACCUCCCUCUAGCUUUGAACUUCUUGCAUCGAAACUUCGACAAUGCCAUGGUGGCCUUCCUUGAAUGUCUUAGGCAAGUGGGCGAGCAUGUCGAGCGUACGACACCGAAGCCCGGCACUCCAGGCCUCAAGAUGCCCUACCCGAUUGUCAAGGACAAGAUUGGCGACGUGAGCAUCAAGCUUGGCAGCUUCGGCCAGGAUGAGCAGUGGACAAAGGCCUGCAAGUAUACCUUGACAUGCUGCAAAUUUCUUCUUGCCCAUGCCAGUCACAUGGCCGACUCGGCCGAAACCAGAAACGCUCGAUGA